CUUUUGGAUUUGCAUCAUUCUUGCGGAAGGAUUUUGGAGAGUCAUUGCUAGCUCGUGAAUCGCUGUUUGCGUUCCUCAAUCGUGCUGUACAACCAAAAGUCGGCAAGAUGAGUAUUAUGUCCUACAACGGAGGCGUCGUGGUCGCCAUGAAGGGCAAAGAAUGCGUCGCCAUCGCAGCCGACCGGCGCCUGGGUGCGCGCGGCCACACCAUUGCGCUGGACUUCGAACGCAUCUUCGAGAUGGGCCCGAAGCUCUACUGCGGCCUGCCGGGCCUUGCCACGGACACGCAGACGGUGGCACAGAGGCUCAAGUUCCGCAUAAACCUGUACGAGUUGCGCGAGGGUCGCUCUAUAACUCCCAAGACGCUCGGCUCGGUCAUCUCCAACCUGCUGUAUGAGCGCCGCUUCGGUCCGUACUUCGUGCAGCCCAUAGUGGCCGGCUUGGACCCCGUGACAAAUGAGCCCUACAUCUGCGUGAUGGACCUGAUCGGCUGCAUCGACGAGCCGACCGACUUCGUGGUCUCGGGUACGUGCGAGGAGCAGUGCUACGGCAUGUGCGAGACGCUCUGGGAACCCGACAUGGGGCCUGACGAACUGUUCGAGGCGACCGCGCAGGCACUCAUGAAUGCCUUCGACAGAGACUCCGCCUCGGGUUGGGGUGGCGUUGUGCACAUCAUCGAGAAGGAUAAGGUCACCACCAAGUACCUCAAGACCAGGAUGGACUGAAAAGAACAUUGGUGUCUGCGCGUCAGAAACCUGUAACUCCAUCCAUUGUGUAGGGAAUAAAUGCACGCCCUUUUCUUCUUUUUUUUCUAUA